AACUAAGUACUCGAUUAUUAGUAGAAACGUUAUUUCGUCUCACCAGUGGGACAUUUCUAAUUAUUGUUGCAAAGUAUCACGCACAAUUGCUGCGUAAAUUUAUCGGUACUAGCAUGCUCAUAAGCAAACCUGUUUAGUCGCGCUUAGUACCCGCCGUAGCUCAGGUAGUAGGUAUACGGGAAAAUCGAAAACGGCUGAUUUUUGAGCAUACUAAAAAUUAUCAUGAUUAUUUUUAGUAAAGUACAGAUAUGCAGCUAAAUGUCAAUUAUUUUGCAGACUUUCCACUUAAUAUAUUAUAAUUCUUUUGCAGCAUACUUUCGAGCUAAUAAUGAGCAUGGUUAUCUGUAAGUCAGUAUUAUUCUAAGUCCUUACUUAUUAUAAAUUCUCUUUGUUUGUACUUAUAUGCAAUUUACCUACCCAAGUACAUGGUUUGUAUCAUAGCAACAACGUCACUUUAGUCGUGUUAUAAUAAUAAAUUAUUGGAUUCCCUAGUUACCGUAUUGAUCGUCUGAGAUUUUACCAAUAGCUAAACUAGAUAUUAAUAUAGAAACCAAUAAAUUCUUAUCAUCUUAAACGUCUUAAUUGUGCAGCCUACAAGUAUUAAAAUGGUUGAGUUUACUCCAGGGACGAUGGAAAAGUUAGCCGAAUUAUUAAGACUACCAGAGCCAGAAGUCCUACAAGGAGAUGACUUGCGAUCGUCUGAGUUUGAAAUAUCUUCGACGAGGGACAAAAUUCCACUCACAACGAAUAUAUCGAAACAACCGAAAAAUAUUGAAGAAUUUGAGGAGCAGGAAGCAAGGGAAGCUGAGGAACUGGGGCGGGUAGGAGCUGGUAUUGAUGGACGGAAAACUCCUGAAUAUUCUAUGAACUACCAGCAGUCUGUGACGGCUGAGGAUGUUUUUCUGCAGAUUGGGGCAAAGACUCCAUCUUCAUCUAGUUGCGAGAAUCUAAUUUUAAAGAUCAAGAUGCCGGGAGAUAAGAUGGAAAAUUUGGAUUUAGCGGUCGACGCCACGACCGUAACUAUUAAUUCUUCACAAUAUCAUUUGAAAUUACCACUUCCCCACGGCAUAAAUCCAGAUUUAUCGAAAGCUAGUUGGGAUGCCAAUGAACAGACAUUAAUUUUAAAAUUGAAAUUGGAUAGAGAGUUUGAUUUCAUAAAUUUUUGAACAUGAAUAAUGCAGAUUAUUAAUAUUUUUUUAGUACCGAAAACGGUUAGCAAUAGGCUAUGUAGCUAAUUAAAGUUCGUUAAAAUACGAUCAAGCCCUGGUCGUCCUGAUUUGAUGAUUGUCUCAAUAAUUGUAAAUAAUUGCCGAGUAGAUGCCAACGCACCAACAUGUUACAAAACAAAAAAAUGUAAUUGAAGGACUGGUAUCGUGAGAAUGCUUGAAGGAACCCGUGAAAAAUUCAUAAAUGUUCGCUGAGACAGCCAUAGAUAUGAUUGCACCCGCCUUUUUUUGUAUAAAAUGAGAUAUCAAUCAUUUAGUCUUUUAUAUGCGAUCUUUUAUUAUUUCUUGCCACGCUGUUCUGUCAGUUGUACCUACUCUACCUAUAUUUAACGCUGCUGUUGGUUUUGAAUAUAAAAAUUUAAUUAAGAAAUA